GCAGUUUGGUUCUGCUAGUGGCCCUUUGGGAUCUAUGGCUGGUCGGCGGGGUCGGGGUGGUGGUCCUGGUGGAUUUGGGGCGAGGUUUGGGGGUCAGGAUUCCAGGGCAUCGUCUAUGUCGAGGCGGAGUCGGUCGGUUAUUGAUAUUGCGAGUGGGGCGGCUAGUCGUGAUGUGUCGUCUGAUGAGAGUGACAAUGAGAUUCGCGUCAGUAUUGAUCAUAUCAAUCUUGAUAGUGACGAGGAGGAGGAGGCGGAGCAGAUGGUGGAUAAGAAGAAGGGCAAGCUUGCGAUGCGGAAUGCGGACUCUGGGGAGAGAGGGUUGCGGCCGAUCCGUGUGGAGAGACAGGAGCAUGAGGAGCGGGCGGUUAGUGUCAAUAUGGAAUCUAGUUCGAGUAAAUCGGCCGAACUCCGCCAGCAAGCGCAGGCGAAGGCUGGGGAGGAUGAUGCUCUGUUUGUCCAAGAUGACGAUGGAUCGGCCACUGAAAAAGAGAAUGCGCUUCGGGUGAAGCAAGAGCCUACGGAUGACGACCAGGCCAUGGCGGAUGUCGCUCCCCAUGCGGAUGAGGGACUGACUACUGAUGAUGGGCUGUUACCUGAGCAAAAGGUGAAGGUCCGCCGGAAGAUCUCUCGAGAGCCACCCGCUGUCAAGGACCCUAAAAGCUUACUACGCACAAGGGAGGAUGUCGAGGAGUACGAGAGACAUGAGCAGGACCUUGCGAUGGUCAAGGAUCUAUUCACGAAAGAAGAGAAGCCACAACCCGAGCAGUCUGAACAAGCCGAGUCCUCAGCGGAGGAUGCCGAAACGGCGGCCGCAGACGGUGCGGAGAAAGAACAGGAAAAGAUAUCCGAAGAGGAAGAAGAUGAAUCCGCUAAGGACAAACUAUCCGGUCAACUAUUCCUGAUGCAAUUUCCACCUAUGACGCCCAAUCUAGUGCCCGGGGGUCGCGGUAAUAACCCUGGCGCGGAAUCUAUAGAAAUCCAGGACCAGGAUACCCCCAACGGUACAAACAGUAACAGCAGCAAUCAGCCGCAGCCACCACCACAGCAAACGGCAGUCAAACACGAAGAUGGAGGGGAGAUUCUUGAUGGAGCGGAUGAAUCCCAACCCACGGAGCCUUCUAAAGUGGUCACCGCUACAGAUUGGCAGCUGAAGGCCGGACGCGUGGGCAAGUUAAAUGUUCAUGCAUCCGGGAAAAUAACGAUGGAUUGGGGCGGUAUCAGCUUUGAAUUGGAUCGAGCCACCGCCGUGGAUUUCCUCCAGGAGGCGUUAAUUGUAUCGGCGGCUGCAGAUCCUGCUGAAGGGGGAGUUCCGGAAGAAGAAAACAGAGUAUGGGCUAUGGGACAGCUCAGUGGCAAGUUUACUGUGACGCCCGAUUGGGAGAAGAUGCUAUGAAACGGGAAGGACAGCCAUCGUGCUGCAAACAUCAAACCCUAAACGAGAUACCGACCGCUAAGUCAUGAGAGAGGCUUUUCCGCCCGACGUGCAUACUCCGUACGGCAGCCACCCGAUUCUAUCUACGACUGUGGCAUUAUUUAGCGGCCGUUCUAUGGGUCUUCUGAUGCAUCUAGAAAUAGUGGCCAACGAGAUCAACGAGAGCGAAUGACUAUGUGGAGGGACAAGACUAGACACAUGAAUCCUGUACAUAUAUCUAGCGAUAUUUAGGACGAUCUGUCCGAUGAUGUGCAUUGCGGCGAUGAAUGCGCUUGAGUCAGUUCCAUAGAUAGUCUCGGGACGAUCCUAAUAUUAGUAUCGGGACGUGUGGAUAGAAAGAAAGCGUAUGUAUCAUGAAUAUCUGUUUGCCUAUGAAAGGGUCUAACAUUCAACACACACCACGUUAUGGGAUCGUCUAGUCCUUGUUUUUCCUUUUUUUCCUUUAAUUCUUCAAUUUUAUGCACGAAUCC